AUGAUUUCAACAAUCGGCACAACAACAAUUCAAGCCGCGAACGGCGGGACUCUGUCCACAACAACUUCACCAAACUCGUUAGUCAUGAAUCCAACAUCUAUGUUAGUAGAGAUGGAAAGCUUCAUUCCUUCUUCAUUUACUUUCGAAACAGAAAUACAAAAAAUUAAGCAGGAACUUUUAACAAGUAAUUUAGACUGUAGUGCGAAAGAUGAAACAAAUGAACAGUAUCUUUAUGAAAUGGAGGACCUCAUCGACCAUUUACCUAAACUACCUGAAAUUCAGCAUCAAAAACUAACUAUUCCUGAAUUCGACGAAAUUGAAGUCAAAGCAACUGACUCAGUAGAAAUAAAGAAGUUCAUACGUAAAGUAAAUUAUGAAUUCCUUGGUUUUCAUUGCAACCAUAAAGUUAUGGACAAAGAUUGCGAUAUGGUAUAUAAGAAUGUUUCUGACAUAUAUAAAUCUGAAGAAUUUAAGACCUACGACAACUUUGUUUCGUUAGUUGCUGAAUGUGUUUGGGAAAUAAGAGAUAAAGAUAGAAGAGGCAAAGUAUGGAACGAACAACUAAGACCCGCUAUGUUUGAGAUGAAGAGAGCAAUUGACGCUUUAGUUGUUCUAGCAG